AUGAACAAGUCCGAACAUUACGAUGCCCCACCAAUGUAUUCCCCAUCUGAGGAAUUCAAUUCAUUCCUCGAUGAAAAGAAAGACAAUCCCAUGAUACUCCUACCUGAACAAAACGAGCCCGGGUUUGCAGUUGCAUCUGCUCUCAGCCGAGGCCUGCAAGUACCAUCCCGAUCCGGUGCCUGCACAUCAGGAUUCGAGUAUCCAGAUGAAUUAUCUCAUUACAGCGUCUCCGAACACCACUGGGCGCAGUUCACACAAGUAGUCUGCGACGAGGCUAAGCUUUCACGUCAGCAGUGGACCACUGUGGUUGGCAAAGGCUUAGGCACAAUGGCAGUGGGCGGGCUCAUGGUCGGCAUUCUGGGUGCUAUCCCUGCGAUCUUCGUUGCCCGUCUCACCAGAAAUCGACAAGAACAACGGAAUUUGAUAUCGUCAUUGGCUGGAGCUCGCGGUGAACGUCUUGCUCAACACAUCUCGCAAUGGAACGAGACUGUAUUUCGGCCAAGGGGUAUUUUGAUCCGGGUCGAUUUGCCUGAUGAAUAUCUGAAUGAUAUGCAAGAUAUGGAUAUUCGCACAAGUGGUGGAUCGGCAGGGUCUGCUAGGAAGUCGCGAGAUAAGGCUGCGCUCAAGGCGAGAAUUGUGAUCAUCCCUCUAGAUGGGCCGACGUCAACGGGGAAUUCUUCAAGUUGGCACAAUCGUGGUUAA